GACACGUGAAACAAGAGACAUGAACCAAGGAGACAUUAUGGACACGGAACCGUAAAACUGAACCAAGGAGACAUUAUGGACACGGAUACCGCUGUUAAUGUCCUCUCGCUAUUCCGCUUGCGAUAGCAUAGCCGGCUAAUGAGAGAGUACACAAGCUAUUUGUGUCUUUACGAAGUGAAAUGUUUGUAUCUGUCAGGUAAUAAUAGAUAGUGUGUAUCUGUCAAGUCAACUUCCGGCAACAUUUAUCAUGAAUGCAUUCCGAAAACUAGUGUGUAGGCGCGAGCUAAGCGGCGGCUCGCGUGGCAGAGCUGUGGUCUCCUCGCGUGGAGGUCACGGGGCGCUCAGCACUGCAAUGCAUGCUCACUACAGGGCGUUCAGCACCGCGACCAGACGCCACACUGUAAUGCACGCUUGGGUCAUUGACAAAUACGGCGACAACAGCGUGUUGAGAUUUACCAAAAAUGCCAGUUUCCCAAUCAUAGACUAUCCAAACGAAGUCAUUGUCAAAGUCCAUGCAGCUGGCCUUAAUCCCAUCGACAUAAACAUGAGGGGUGGCUACGGUGCUGCUACUCUGAAGAUGAAGCGUGACCCUCUGAACAUCAAACGCACAGACAGCGAGUUCCCGCUGAUUCUGGGCCGAGAUGUGUCCGGCGUGAUCAUGGAGUGCGGCCUGGACGUGUCCUACUUCAAGCCGGGGGACGAGGUGUGGGCGGCGGUUCCCCCGUGGAAGCAAGGCAGUCUGGCCGAGUUUGUGGUGCUCAGUGCUAACGAGGUGUCACAUAAGCCCAAAUCACUGAGUCAUGUGGAGGCUGCCUGUAUGCCCUACGUAGCUUCCACAGCCUGGUCUGUUCUCGUCAACACGGGAGGCCUGAACAAAGACAACUGUGCCAAGAAACGUAUUCUCAUCCUUGGCGGUUCAGGAGGGGUUGGAACCUUCGCCAUACAGUUGCUGAAGUCAUGGGGUGCCCAUGUGACAGUCACAUGUUCCCAGAAUGCCGAGCACCUGGUGAGGGGUAUUGGAGCUGACGAUGUUGUGGACUACACAGCAAGGCCUGUGGAGAAGACACUGAAAAGUCUGGAAAAUUUCGAUCUGAUUCUGGACAGUAUUGGUGGUGAGACUGAGAGUUGGGCCCUCAGCUUGCUCAAACCCUGGUGUGGUGCUAAGUACGUUACCUUGGUAACCCCCUUCUUGCGUAAUACGGACCAACUGGGCCUCGCUGAUGGGAUGAUGCGGAGUGGAGUCACCAUAGCAACCAAGGCGCUGAAGCAUCUGACUAAAGGUGUCCACUAUCGGUGGGGAUUCUUCGCUCCGAGUGGCUCAGCACUGGAUGAAAUCUGUGAACUCGUAGAUGCAGGAAAGAUACGGCCAGUCUUACAGGAGCAGUUCGCCUUCCCUCGGGUUCCUCGGGCCUUCCAGAAAGUUGAGGGUGGACACGCCCGCGGCAAAACAGUAGUUACCGUUGCCAGGGUGCAGGGAGAGUGACCAUAGCAACUGGGGAGAAUGAUUUGGUUAACUCACCGAUUUGAAUCAAGUUAUCUGUCACCUUGGAAACAAGGACUGAGCAGUUAUGACAAGCUUGUGGCUGAAUCGGCAGCGACAAUUAUCCCAAGAAAACCCUCAGUAGCACAAGACUAAACCUUAGACUGUAGGAGCUGUUGUUUGUUUACACAAACAGUCCUGGUAUGUGUACUAAACGAACAAAUAAAUAAAUAAAUAAAUAAAUAAAUAAAUAAAUAAAUAAAGUCCAAGGUCUUCACCCUCCAGCUGUCUCGUUUACAGAUGGAUUCAUUUGUCCAGGUCUUGGUUCCAGGUGCAGUGUUCUCAACCUAGAGGGUGACUAACUGCUUUCCUGCUUGCAGUGGAAUUACUUGAAGAAUCAAUCAAUGAGGAUGCAGUCAGGGGCAAAAUUUACACACCAGCUCAAAACUAUUAAUCGCUUUGUAGAGAAAAUUUGGAAGAUUUCUUCUCAAAUGAAACAGUGUGACUGAGUUCUCACACAGCAGCUGUUUGUAUACAACCUGGGUCUGGAGAUCAGCGCCACACAGCAGUGAUGUUCGGCCCAGAGAUCCGGAACCUUGCCUCUUCGAGACCAGUUAUGCAAGCUGCUGCUUUGUGGGUUUUUCCCCCAAUAUUAACACAACUGUCUAUUGUUUCUUUGCCUGUUUAUUGGAUUGUGAAUUAUUGUCUUAUGGAACAGUAAGGAGGCACCUGUAAAUAUUUCAGGGAUGAUAAAACACCUAUUCCUGUGUCUUAUGCUGUUGUUUCAACUGUCAUUUUCUGAAUGACCCAACUUUGAUAUAUCAGUUAUUAUGGAAAAUGAGGGAAAAUAAAACAUUUUAUUCAUAAUAAAAUGUAACAGUUGUCUUUACAGAUUUAGAAAUAUACAACAGACAAGUCAUUUCCAUAUUCUGAAGUAAACCGUGGAGUGUAAGAAGCUAAAUAACGUAAGGCACUUUAUAAAAGACACAGAAGAGAAGUUUUAUACAUACCGUCUUAUAACACUGACACACUGGGGUGUGUACAUGACUGCUUAUUGUUCAUUUACUCGUGUGUUUUGUAGUAACGCACCAGUCCUUACAAGCCCACACACACACAGGGUGGUGUUAGAGUGCCACCAGUGGUCAUCUUGUGCUAUUAUAGAUGUGACGUUUACUGCAGGACUUCUUGCCUUUUUUAAAAAAAUGACGUUGCUUAGGGAAUUAUCCAACUUAAACAGAGCACAUUCAUGCUAUAACUAGCAAAGUCUUUGCAUCCCAUGUUGGAAAUACUUCUGUAAGGAUCUCCAUGUACCUCCGACUCUAGUAGACGCUUUAAUACUUAAGCCUGCAAAACCUUGAACAGUCCAGUGAAGAAAGCAGCCGGCUGGCUGGUCUUUCCUCAGUCUUUAAGCCCUUGCUGGAGAUCUUCACGGGACGUCCUCAAAUGGCUCACACUUCAGAGUUUUGUAAUCCUGCAGGAACUGCUUCAAGGAGGUUCCUGUCAGCGUGGCCGCUGGUUCUGAGGCCAGUCAGUU